UCAGCGGCACAGUUGAGCCCUCACCGGCCCCGGCACACACUCUCACACAUUUACUCUCUCUCUCCCACCCCGCUCUCUCUCGCUCACACACACACACACAGGCGCGCGCGCGCGCACACACACACUCCGAGGCGCUCGGCUCAGUUCCUCCGUGGCUGCGGCGGAGUACAGAGGAGUCAGACAGAGAGGGAAAGAAAGAGAGAGAGAGAGAGAGAGAGGACAGGCAGCGGCGCGGACGUCGGGAGAGGGACGGAGUCACACAGAGAGAGAGGAAGAGACGGAGGCAGGGAGAGGAGCGGGAUAGCUGGUGGCUCACACUCACUCCUCAUCCUCACUUUUUCCCGGGACGGCCGCUGGUUUCAUGUCCAAGGAGGCAGAGUUGGAUGUGAGAAGCAGCGAGUGCGACCCAGUCCCAGCAGAGCCCAGCAGAGACCCGGAGUCGCCCAGGCCGCCCCCUCCUCCUCCUCCUCCUCUUCCUCCUCCGGCGGCUCAGGUUCACCAACCCACCGGCGGUGUGAGCAUCCCGUCCGGCAGCCGGACUCACCCCAGCCUCAGCAGCAGCAGCAGCAGCAGCGGCGGCGGUGGUGGUGGUGUUGGUGGUCAGGGUGGUGUUAGCAUUGUUAGCAGUGCUGAGGGAGCAGGCAGCUCCAUGCAGUUCAGCACCAGACCGCCUAGCGCCGAGCAGCCGGGCUUCAUGGGGACAUGGCAGCAGCAGAGCACUGACAGCAACCUCCUCUACAGAAUGUCCCAGCAGGGUGCAGUAACGCGGCUUCCUUUGAAGGGCGACAGGUCGACAAUGGGCCGAGACCUGGAAGAGGCCAUUCGGUGCACACUGGUGAACUGCACAUGCGAGUGUUUCCAGCCUGGAAAGAUUCACCUGCGGACAUGUGACCAGUGCAAGCACGGCUGGGUAGCUCAUGCCCUGGACAAGCUCAGCACCCAGCACCUGUACCACCCGACCCAGGUGGAGAUCGUCCAGUCCAACGUGGUGUUUGACAUCAGCAGCCUAAUGCUGUACGGCACCCAGGCGGUUCCGGUCAGGCUCAAGAUCCUGCUAGACCGCCUGUUCUCCGUGCUCAAGCAGGAGGAGGUUCUGCACAUCCUGCACGGCCUGGGCUGGACCCUCAGAGACUACGUCAGGGGCUACAUACUGCAGGAUGCUGCAGGCAAGGUUUUGGACCGCUGGACCAUCAUGUCCCGUGAAGAAGAGAUCAUCACCCUGCAGCAGUUUCUGCGCUUUGGUGAGACCAAGUCCAUCGUGGAGCUGAUGGCUAUUCAGGAGAAAGAAGGUCAGGCGGUCACAGUUCCCUCGUCAAAGACAGACUCUGGGAUUAGGACGUUCAUCGAAAGUAAUAACAGAACCCGCAGCCCGGGGCUCUUGACACAUCUGGAGAACAGUAGCCCCUCCAGCAUUCAUCACUUUGAGAAUAUCCCCAACAGCUUAGCCUUCCUCUUACCGUUCCAGUAUAUCAACCCGGUCUCUGCCCCCAUGCUCGGCUUGCCCCCUAAUGGCCUCCCAAUGGAGCAGUCUGCCCUUCGGCUUCGGGAGCCCAGCCUCCCAAACCAAGGAGAGCAGGUGGAGACCAGCGAGUCAGAGGUGUCCCUAUCGCCCUUCCGCACAGGUCAGAGCCCGAGUCGCGGAGUACUGGGACCCAUCAACAGCACUGAACCCAAGACAGAACCCAACAACUGUGCAUCGCCCAUCUCCCCAACCCCGUCCACCCAGCAAGCUCAGCAGCAGUCGUCCCUUCAGCAACCGCAGCAGGGCCAACAGCAGACCCAAAGCCAGUCUCAGCAACACAACAGUCUGGGCGACCAUCAGGUGCAUCACCACUUCGUCAAGGAUGAGCCUUCGAAGUCCAUCAGCCAUCCUUCGUUCUCCUCCAAGAUGCAUCGCAUACGCCGCAUGGGAGCCACCUCACGCAAGGGUCGCGUGUGCUGCAAUGCCUGUGGAAAGACCUUUUAUGACAAAGGCACACUUAAGAUACACUAUAAUGCUGUACACUUGAAGAUUAAACACCGCUGCACCAUCGAGGGAUGCAACAUGGUCUUCAGCUCCCUGCGCAGCCGCAACCGCCACAGUGCCAAUCCCAACCCACGGUUGCACAUGCCCAUGCUGCGCAACAACCGCGACAAGGACCUUAUCCGUGCCAAUUCCACCACAGGUACGCCUGUCAUCUCGAGCAGCAAGAACGGUGGCUUCACGCUCACCAGCCCCGGAAGGCCACCGCUGGGUUUUACGACUCCCCCAGUAGACCCGAUGCUUCAGUCCCCGCUGCAGAGUCCCCUGGUGUUCCCUUCACUGAAAUCAGUGCAGCCAGUCCAACCAGUGCCCCCGUUCUACCGAACACUCGUGUCUCCAGCAGACCUCGUCAGCCCUCCAGUGUCACUGCCAACCAGCCCCAUCAUGCCCACUACUACCAACAGCACCACCCUGAUGGACCAGCAGCAGCAGAUCCUGGCUGCUGUUGUCUCGCACAACAAUGUUCACGUGUCAGAGGCAAGUCCAAUGUCCCACCGGCUGUCCACUGGUGGCAGUCAGGACCUCACCACAAGCAGUGACCCCACACCCAAGAAGAAACCUCGUAAAUCGAGCAUGCCAGUUAAGAUUGAGAAGGAAGUGAUUGACGUAGCAGAUGACUUUGAGGACAAAGAUGAGGACGACGACGACACUAUCCACCAUAAUCACCAGGCAAGUCUUCUUCACAACAACAUUAAAAUCAACGGUAACUGCAACAGCAACAACAAUGGCGCAAGUGGCACUGGCCACCACAGUGGCGGCAGUGGCCAGCAGUCGCCCUCCCAGGACGAGAUGAGCCCUGGCCUGGCCCUUAGGGGGAUGAUGAGGCAAAGCGAGGAUGAAUGUAGGGAAGGGACUGGCAGCGACAGCAGAGGCGGCGCUUCAGAGCUGCGUUGUAUGGACAGCUUUACCUCAGAAGAUCAGGACCACGAGAGAGACUUUGAAAACGAGUCUGAAACCUCAGACUCAAAGAUGUUCUACCGCGAUGACCUGAUGGACGGAGAGGAACAUCAAAAGCACGGCAGAGGAGGAAGAGGUCUGGACAAGGAGCAUGAAAACGAGGCCCACGAGGACGAACACUUGAGAAAAGACAUCGAGGGAAACGGUCAUUCCUCACCGUCUCCUCAUGGGCCUCCAAUCAAGAUCAAAGAAGAGCUCAAUGAUCCGACUUACGACAUGUUUUGCAUGAGUCAGUACGGCCUCUACAACGGGGGCAUGGCGGCAGCAGCCGCCGCCGCCGCUAGCAUGGCCGCUCUGCACGAGAGCUUCAUUUCCUCCAUGGGGUACGGUGCGAGUCCACCCAAAUUCCCCAUGUCUCAGUCGCCCGAAGGAGACCCGUGCUCCAGCCCUGACCCCAAGAUCUGCUACGUCUGUAAGAAGAGCUUCAAGAGCUCCUAUAGCAUGAAACUGCACUACAAGAACGUGCACCUGAAAGAGAUGCAUGUGUGCACGGUGGCUGGCUGCAAUGCUGCUUUCCCCUCCCGACGGAGCAGAGACAGAAUAAUCUGGAAGUGUUUCUCCAGCGCAUGUCCAGAAGAGCCAGAGUGACGGAUCGUGCUUCCUGAACAGAUCGUGAUCCGUCCAGCUGGGGCAGUAACGUUCAGUCCUUUCAAUUUCAAAGACAACGCAGAAAACAAAACAUGGAACAAAAGAUGAGGAAGAGGAGAGAUUCAGACGAAAAAGCAGCUGCUGUUUGGAAAUACCGAUUGGACAGUUUGCUGCAAAGAGCUCCAGUUUCUACCUCCAGCUGCUCACGGUCAGAAUCGAGAUCACAAACAUUUUCUCAAACACAUUAGACGUUACAACAACUUAAAGAUGCUUCAUUGUCACUAUAAACAUCCAUUCAUUAUUUUUCCAUUUGUUUUGAUUUCACGUUUGCUCGUGCUAAAAGUGUUAGCUCCUCCUAACGGUGUUAGCUCCUGCUAACGGUGUUAGCUCCUCCUAACAGUGUUAGCUCCUGCUAACGGUGUUAGCUCAGGCUAAUACAAUAAACAGUAAAUUAUAAGCAGAUAAUCUGUUUCAACAGAUUUCUCAUGUAUAACGAAUCGUGAAAACUUUGAGGCAGUUUGCCUUAAUCCAGACAUUUUCUGGUUAGCUAGUUAGCCUCAGCCUCCUAUGUUUUGUUUAUAAACUCACCCACACCACCAGGGGGCCCCAGCAACACCAAGCUAACACUUUAUAAAUGUUUUAAAAUCUCUUCCUGUUGUUUGCUGUCAGUGUUGUUACCUUGUUUAUCUUAAAUUCAAUGUUUAUCAGCUGAUGUUACUUUCAAAUAGUUGAAAUAAUAUGACACACUUAAACACCACUCUGCAUUUCAAAAUCAAAUGUCUUUUUUUAGCUUUCUACUCCUGUAAGCUUAAAAUCAACAGUCAUAAAAUACCAUUGGUAUGAUCUAAGCUAAUCCUAACUGAUGCUAAAGAUAGUAGGUAUGUUAGCUUAGGAAUGAUAAAGCAUGUUGGUGUUGUGGGCCCCAAAUGAAAAUCUGCUUAGGGCCCCAAAAAGGCUUGGGCCGGCCCUGUCUAUAGGUGAAACAUGCAGAAAAGAAUAUACCGUUUUGAAGUAAUUAGGAGUUUUUAUGCAUCACAAACAACUUUUAGGUUAAUGGGAAAAUUACAAUGCAUUGAGGCCAACAGAUUGAACGAGUUCUGGAUCCAUUUAAGAACCGCUGGAUACAAAAAAAAGCGAUAAAGUACAGCCUGGCUAGGAAGGGGUUAAGUGAAAGGAUGGAGGAAAAAAAAUCCUUCUGGCAACCUGGGGACAGAGGGAACGCUGAACUCAUCACAAACCCCUCUCCCGGCGUCCGCCAGCACAUAAUGACCCCAACAAGAUGGGAAUCCCUUUUAAUUAAAGUGAAGGGAGAUCAGUUAAGCUGAUGGUUGCCAACAAAUAUUAGGGGAAAUAGAAUGUUUAAUGGUCUGUGCACUUAUCGUAGGCUAUUUUCCACACCCAGGCCCCGGACUGAUAAACAGGACAGGACCUUGUUAAUCAACCUUACAACCUUUAAAGCCCCAGAUAAGAGAAUAAUUCGGGAUCUUUGUAAAUUAGCUUGAGAUGUGGCGAAGACUGCGGCCCCCCGAGCGCUCGGGGCCAGGCUGUUGAGGAGGGAGAGGAAUUUCUAUCAGUGUAAUAGCCUUGAAGAAGUUUAGGGGGGAAACUACUUUCUUUCUUUAUUAUUUUUUUUACAGUGAGUAAUCAUAUUUUUGGUUAUUUUUCCUCAGUUUUUAUUCCCCUUGGGUUUGACCCUCCGCUGCAGUCUUAUCUGUGACACAGGAGAGUCACCUGCUUUCUACAGAAUAAUCUAAACAGAGAGGCGGGGAGUGGGCGGGCUGACAGGUUAACAGGUCCUUGACCUCCUAAAUCACAGCCAGGCAGGGCAGCGUGUUUAUUUAGCAGAUAAAAGAUGCCGGUGAGGGAACAGGCUGGUAUUUAUGUUAUAAAAUACUUUAAAAUGUGUACUAAAAUAUUAGACUUUUAAAGAAAAUUGUUGAAUUUCUGGCAGGUAGACGGCAUCGGCAGACAUUUUAAGCUUCUUCCUGAGGGAUUUUAUUCACAGAGAUUUUAAUUUCUGCAAAUUCUGCUAAGAAUUAAAGAGGCAGAAUUAUGUAAAAUUGAUGUUGUUUUUAGCUUUACAUCAUGUUAUUACGUUAUUCCCUCAUUAAAAACAUACCUUGAGUGUUGCAUUGGUUCUUUCAUGUUUGAUUGAGAAAUCCUUGAAUCUCCAUGGCAACCAUUCAGCUGUGUAAAACGCCUGGGUGGACCUAGCUCCGCCUUCAAGGCGCAACUCCUCCUCAGAGCUGCAGUUUCCAAGCUAUCCAGCUUCUCCCUCACAUGACAGCCCUCCCCCACUCAGCUCCUGCAGACUAGUCAGCAGCAAUUAGCAAACACCUGGUGGAGCUGUGCAUCGUUAAAGGAGCCAUUUCCCAGAGCAACGCUGGUAAAAACGUUAAAAGGUUUAAUAGAGGAGCCAUGUUUUGGUAACUUCCUGAAGAUGGAAUUUCAGAAAGAGCAGGAGUUUUUAAAGAGACAGUAGCCCAAUUUCAAGGCACUGGG